AUGAGGACGAAGAAAUCAGAAUCAGAACUGUGCUCUCUGGAAUCGGGUCCGCAGCGGCCGUGGAAACGCCCCUGGGAGGGUGGGCGGAGCGUCGUGCCUGAGUCUGCAGCCGGCCUAGUGGGCUCGCAGGUUCCCGCAGGCUGCGGUCCAGGUCUCCGGGCGCCGCCCCGGCUCUCGUGCGCACUCCUGGCCUCUGCGGAGCCGCCGCCGCUUGUGGACGCCGCGGAGCUGGGGUGGGACUGCGCGUCUCGCUGCCGGAUUGAAUUUAGCUCCGUUUUGGCUGAAUUGGACUGUGCCCCGUUAUCGGUCUCCAGUGUGCUGCAGGGAGAAUCGUCCAGUCCUGAACUAGUGUGCUGGGGACCUGGGGUGACCAGCCUGCACCUCCCUACGUCACAGGCCUGGUGUGUGGUCCAAACCGUGUUCAUCUGCCUCCAGGCUGCCCAGGGCUCUGCGUCCACUCCCAUCCUUUCCCCUGAAGUGGCUGCUUGGCUUAGAGAUGACAUUCACUGGAAGCUGGAGCGAGGAGAUGACAUGGGUGUUGCUGUGGCCACCCUGGGCCUGCUGCUCUCUGCUGAGUGUCUCCUGCUGGAGCCUGAAGAGAAAGCAGCCCUGGCUGGGGAGACUCAGGCCUCACCCUUCAGAGCCUUCCGUGUCCCAUCCCUUGACUUACUGGUCAUUGAGGACGUGGCGGUGGUCUUUAGCCCAGAAGAGUGGGCUCUGCUGGAUCUUACUCAGAGGAAACUCUACAGAGAUGUGAUGAUGGAAACCUUCAGAAACCUGGCCGCAGUAGGCAUCGUCGUUUCAUCUGUGGAGCGCACCUAUUCGGGCUUCCCCAUGAACAAAAAGCUAUCCCAUACGUGCAAGGUGUGUGGGAAGGACUUCAUCUGUAUCUCAACCCUGAAGACUCCUGUGACGACGCUCACUGGUGAGAAACGCUAUGAGUGCACUGAGUGUGGGAGAUAUUUCUGUGCUUUCUCGUCCUUCUGGACACAUGUGAGAGUUCAUAAGCGUGAAUGUAAGGAAUGUUGUAAAACAUAUCAUCGUCUGUCAUCCUUCAUUUUACAUAAAAAACUUCGCAACCGAGAAAUGCUUUACAAAUGUCAGGACUGUGGGAAAACCUUUAGGGAGGCCUCCUACCUCACUCAGCAUGUAAGAACCCACACUGGAGAGAAGCCUUACAAAUGUAAAGACUGUGGCAAAGCCUUUAGUCGGGCCUCCUACCUCACUAAGCAUAAAAGAAUCCACAGUGGAAAGAGGGCCUAUGAAUGUAAACAAUGUGGGAAAGCCUUUAGACAGGCCUCACACCUCACUAGACAUUUAAGAAUCCACACUGGAGAGAGGCCCUAUGAAUGUAAGGAAUGUGGGAAUGCCUUUAAAGAUUCCUCAGCCCUCACUACACACGUAAGAAGAACCCACAGUGGAGAGAGGCCUUACGAGUGUAAGGAAUGUGGGAAAGCCUUUAGUGACUCAUCGGCCCUCAUCAGACAUACAAGAACCCACAGUGGAGAGAGGCCCUACGAAUGUAAGGAAUGUGGGAAAGCCUAUAGACAGCUCUCAGCCCUCAGUACACACAUAAGGACCCACAGUGGAGAGAGGCCUUAUGAAUGUAAGGAAUGUGGGAAAGCCUUCAGUGAUUCCUCAGCCCUCACUACACAUACAAGGACUCAUAGUGGAGAGAGGCCCUAUGAAUGUAAGCAAUGCGGCAAGGCCUUUCGAGAUUACUCAUCACACGCUAAACAUAUAAGGAUUCACACUGGAGCGAGGCCAUAUGAAUGUCAGCAAUGUGGGAAGGCCUUUAGGGAUUCCUCAGCCCUCACUACACAUAUAAGGAGCCACAGUGGAGAGAGGCCCUAUGAAUGUAAGGAAUGUGGGAAAGCCUUCAGGUUUUCUUCAGCCCUCACUAUCCACAUAAGGACUCACAGUGGAGAGAGGCCCUAUGAAUGUAAGGAAUGUGGGAAAGCCUAUAGGCAGCUCUCUGCCCUCACUGCACACAUACAAACUCACAGUGGGGAGAGACCAUAUCAAUGCUCAGAAUGUGGGAAAGCCUUCAGUCGUGCUUCAUCCAUCACCAAACAUACAAGUAUUCAUACUCCAGAGAGGCCUUAUGAAUGUGAGAAGUGCAGCUCUCAGCCUUCACUCCACAUAGAAGAAUUCACAGUGAAGAGAGCUCAUAUGAAUGUUAGAAAUGUGGAAACGUUUUAUUCUUUCCUCACACCCCAUUUGACAUAA